AUGUCGUCGUCCCAAACCCUAGGCGGCGCGUCCCGCUGCGGCUGGGUGCUCGGCCCCUCGCUGGACAAGAUCGUAAAGAACGCGGCCUGGCGGAAGCACGCCGGCCUCGUGUCUGCCUGCAAAUCCGCGCUCGACAAGCUCGACUCGCUAGCCGACGACGCAUCCGAUCCCACCUCUUGCGCCCCGCUCUACGGCCUCGCCCUCUCAGACGCCGAGUUCCUGCUCCAUCCCGUCGUCAUGGCCCUUGACUCGGGCUCUGUCAAGGUCGUCGAGCCCGCCCUUGACUGCGUGUUCCGGCUCUUCUCCUUCGGCCUCAUUCGCGGAUGCGAGAUUGAGGAUAGCUCAUCCUCAGUCGUCUUCCGCCUCAUUGACUCUGUCUGUAAAUGUGCUGCCGUCGGGGACGAGGCCGUCGAACUAGCUGUGCUAAAGGUCCUUUUGUCCGCCGUCCGAUCUCCCUGCAUCUACAUAAGGGGGACCUGCCUCGUCUAUGUCGUGAGGUCCUGUUACAAUGUCUACCUUGGUGGCCGCAGUGGGACCAAUCAGAUCUGCGCCAAAUCUGUUCUAGCGCAGAUGAUGGUUAUAGUUUUCACCAGAGUCGAGGAAAAUUCCAUGCUUGUGGACUUUAAAAAUGUUUCAGUGUUCGAAUUGCUGGAGUUUGCUGAUAGGAAUCUCAAUGAAGGAAGCUCCAUACAGUUCGCCCAGAACUUCAUCAAUGAGAUUGUGGAGGCCAAGGAUAGCCUUCCUUAUGUGAAGUUUCCCUUGCAUCUCCAGAAUGAUUCGGAUUCGACCCCUAAAGAAAAAACUCAUGAAGAAAACGAGAAACCUGUCGAGGAUGGUGCUGAUUUGAGUGAAUACAGUAAGAUUAGGGAGGAUGGGUUUAUGCUCUUCAAGAAUUUAGGCAAAUUGUCCAUGAAAUUUUCCUCGCAGGAAAAUCCCGACGAUCAGAUUCUUUUGAGGGGGAAAAUUCUGUCCCUGGAGCUUCUGAAUGUCAUCAUGGGCAAUGCAGGUCCGAUCUGGCGUUCCAAUGAGAGGCAAGUGCCAACUCAUAAAAAGUUUGUUAAUGCGGUCAAGCAAUAUCUAUGCAUGUCGUUGUUGAAGAACAGUGCUCUCUCUGUUAUGACUGUUUUUCAGCUUCUUUGUUCAAUAUUUUGGCACUUACUAUCAAAGUUUAGGUCCGGAUUGAAAUCAGAGAUUGGAAUAUUUUUUCCAAUGCUGAUUCUUCGUGUACUAGAGAAUGUUCUUCAACCAAGUUUCUUACAGAAGAUGACUGUCUUGAAUUUACUGGAAAAGAUUGCUCAGUAUCCACAACUUACUAUUGAUACUUUUGUCAACUAUGACUGCGAUGUGGAGGCUCCAAACAUAUUCGAAAGGACUGUGAAUGGACUUCUGAAAACUGCCCUAGGUCCAUCACCUGGUUCAGUGACCUCUUUGUCUCCUGUCCAAGAUAUGACAUUUCGUCAUGAAUCAGUCAAAUGUCUGGCUAAAAUUAUCAAGUCAAUGGGUUCGUGGAUGGACCAACAGCUAAAAGUUUCAGAAUCUAAUCCUCCAAAAGUUUCUGAGAGUGAAAACUUGACUGAGAAUCCCACUUACAUUGUUGACGACACAAAUACAAAUUCUGAACUGUUGAUCACUGCAACCUUGGAGCAGUGUAGAGCUUAUAAAGUAGAAAUUCAGAAAGGUGUUGCACUGUUCAAUAGGAAACCUUCCAAGGGAAUUGAGUUCUUAAUAAGCGCCAAAAGAGUUGGCAAUUCCCCAGAAGAAGUGGCUUCUUUUCUCAAAAGCUCUUCAGGCCUGAAUGAAAGUAUGAUUGGUGAUUAUUUCGGUGAAAGAGAGGAAUUUCCUAUGAAAGUUAUGCAUGCAUAUGUGGAUUCCUUUAACUUUGAGAAUAUGAGCUUUGCUGAAGCAAUCAGAUUCUUUCUGAGAGGUUUUAGGUUACCGGGUGAAACGCAAAAGAUUGACCGCAUCAUGGAAAAAUUUGCAGAACGCUACUGUAAAUGCAAUCCGAGUGCAUUCACCAGUGCUGACACAGCUUAUGUGCUUGCUUACUCAGUCAUAAUUCUCAACACUGAUGCACAUAAUAGUAUGGUAAAGGAUAAGAUGAGUAAGGCUGAUUUCAUCCGGAAUAAUCGAGGAAUUGAUAAUGGCAAGGAUCUACCUGAAGAUUAUUUGGGUGCACUCUAUGAUCAAGUUGUAAAAAAUGAGAUUAAAAUGAAUGCCGAGCCUUCUGCUCCCCAAAGCAAACAUGGAAAUAGCCUGAAUAAACUGCUGGGCUUGGAUGGAAUACUCAACCUAGUCUGGAAGCCGACAGAAGAAAAACCUGUGGGUGCAAAUGGAUAUCUGUUGAGGCAUAUCCAAGAGCAGUUUAAGGCAAAAUCUGCAAAAUCAGAAGUUUUCUACUAUGCUGUAGCAGAUCCUUCAAUAUUGAGGUUCAUGGUUGAAGUCUGCUGGGGCCCAAUGCUUGCUGCCUUUAGUACUCAGAGAGAUGCCUUUGUUACUACUGUGGCUAAGUUUACUAACCUCCACUGUGCGGCUGAUAUGAAGCAAAAAAAUGUUGAUGCUGUCAAGAUCAACUACUUCAUUUCGAACUUGUAUUUGCUUGAUCAAAUUGGGAACUUUGAAUUGAACCACAUUUUUGCUCAUAACCAGAGGUUAAACAGUGAGGCAAUAGUGGCUUUUGUAAAAUCACUCUGCAAAGUUUCCAUGGCAGAACUGCAGUCCCCAACUGAUCCACGUGUGUUUAGCCUAACAAAAAUCGUGGAAGUUGCGCACUAUAACAUGAAUCGCAUAAGGCUAGUGUGGUCACGUAUAUGGAAUGUUCUUUCCGAAUUCUUUGUGUCAGUUGGUUUGUCCGAGAACCUUUCUGUUGCAAUCUUUGUUAUGGAUUCAUUGCGACAGCUUGCUAUGAAAUUCCUCGAGCGAGAAGAACUGGUGAACUAUAAUUUCCAGAAUGAAUUUUUGAGGCCUUUCACCAUUGUGAUGCAGAAAAGCAAUUCUACAGAGAUCAGAGAGUUAAUAGUUCGAUGUAUCUCACAGAUGGUACUUAGCAGGGUUGAUAACAUAAAAUCUGGAUGGAAGAGUGUCUUCAUGGUUUUCACUGCAGCUGCAGCUGAUGAACGGAAGAGCAUAGUUUUGUUAGCUUUUGAAACAAUUGAAAAGAUAGGGCAUGAAUAUUUUCCCUACAUAACUGAGACAGAGGCAUUGACUUUCACCGAUUGUGUGAAAUGCCUCAUUACCUUCACAAAUAGUAAAUUCAAUAGUGAUGUUAGUCUCAAUGCUAUUGCUUUUCUCCGGUACUGUGCGGCCAAACUCGCAGAUGGUGGACUUUCUUGCAAUGAGAAAAGCGAGGGAAAUGACUCUAGCAUUCUUUCACCAAAGAACAAUGCUUUGGAUGAAGAAACAUGCAUGGACAGAGAUGGGCAUAUGCAUUUCUGGAUUCCUUUGCUUACAGGGUUAUCAAAUUUGACUUCAGAUCCAAGAGCCGCCAUCAGAAAGAGUUCGCUGGAAGUUCUUUUCAAUAUUUUGAAAGACCACGGCCACCUUUUCUCACAGCCAUUCUGGGCCACCGUUUUCAAAGGUGCCAUCUUUCCAAUAUUUACCUUCAUCUUUGAUGGUAAAGAGUCCGAUAUAGGCAAUGAUAGCCAUUCACCAAAUUCUGGAUCCAUACACCCACUCGAUGGGAGCAUUUGGGACUCUGAAACUAGUGUAGUGGCAGUAGAAUGCCUCACAGAUCUAUUUGUCAAUCUCUUUGAUUUGUUGAGGCCCCAAUUUCAUGAAGUAAUAUCUAUAAUAAUGAGAUUCGUGAGAAGCCCCAGUCAAAGUCCCUCAACGGCGGGAGUGGCUGCGUUGAUGCGUUUGAGUGCUGACUUGAGAAGCAAACUUACUGAAGAGGAAUGGCAGGAUAUCUUUCAUUCUUUGGAAGAGGCUGCUGUGCGUAGACUGCCUGUUUUUAUGAAGCUUUUGAAAACAUUGGACAGCAUUGAGGUGCCUGAUUAUAAUCCAGUCAAUUAUGAAACUGAAUCUUCUUAUGACAAUGGAGGUGCAAUUGGAGAUGGUGCCGAGGAUGAAAAGCUGCAAAGUGUGGCGUAUAUAGUGUCGAGGAUGAAAGUCCAUAUAUCUCUGCAGCUGCUUAUAAUACAGGUUACAACUGAUCUCUACAAGAGGCACUGGCAGUGCUUUUCGCCAAACAUUAUCACUAUCCUUCUCGAGAUUCUCUCAUCAAUUUCAUCUCAUGCACAUGAAUUGAACUCCGAAACUAUAUUACUGCUCAAGCUAGACAAAGCAUGCACUAUCCUAGAAAUCUCAAAUCCACCACUCGUUCACUUCGAAAUUGAGGCUUACAUGAACUACUUAAAUAUCCUGCACGACUUACUCGCAAACAGUCCAUCACUAUCCAAGGAGAAGAACAUUGAAUUGGAACUUAUCUCCGUAUGCAAACAAAUACUCGAGACAUACCUCGAAUGUAGCGAGUUUGGAUGUGUCUCACAGAAAACCAAAAACAAGCCGUUGGUACACUUUUUUCUUCCGUUAGGGUCGGCUAAGAAGGAGGAGCUGGCUGCUCGUACGCCUUUAGUUCUAUCAGUCAUGAGAAUUUUGAGCAGUCUAGAAAGUGCUUCUUUCAGGAAGUAUAUUUCGCAGUUAUUUCCCUUGUUAACAGAUCUCGUUUACAGAUGGGAUCGUGUUUCGAGUUUCGAGCAUACCCCUCUUGUUAUGAGGUCGUAA